GUCUCCCCUCCCCUCGUCUCCCCGCCGAGGCCCGUUGCGACAGAGACGGACGGACGGGGCGGGGCGGAAGUCCUUUGUUGCGGCGUUGUCCGGAGCGGCGCGGCCCCCGCGGCCCUGCACGGCGCCUCCGAGCCCCGGGGACCUGCGCGGCCGGGAUCCGUCCCUCAAGUGUGAGAUGGCAAGGCCGAGCCACAGCAGCUACGUCCUUCAGCAACUAAACAACCAAAGGGAAUGGGGUUUUCUCUGUGACUGCUGCAUUUCCAUCGACGACAUCUACUUCCAGGCGCACAGAGCCGUUCUGGCUGCCUGCAGCUCGUAUUUUCGAAUGUUUUUCAUGAACCACCAGCACUCCACCGCACAGUUAAACCUUAGUAACAUGAAAAUCAGUGCCGAAUGUUUUGAUCUCAUUUUGCAGUUUAUGUAUUUAGGAAAAAUUAUGACGGCCCCUUCCAGCUUUGAGCAGUUUAAAGUGGCCAUGAAUUACUUGCAGUUGUAUAAUGUCCCCGACUGUUUAGAAGACAUACAAGACGCUGACUGUUCCAGUUCAAAAUGUUCAUCUUCUGCUGCCAGCAGUCGUAACAACAAGAUGAUAUUCGGGGUACGGAUGUAUGAAGAUACUGUGACUAGGAAUGGCAGUGAAGCCAACAGGUGGUGUGUGGAACCAAGUUCAACAGUAAAUACCCCCCAAACCCGAGAACCUGAUGAGGAGGCUUUACCACUGGGCACUUUUCCUGAACAGCUGUUGGAGGUCUGCAAAAAAAGUUCCGUGUCCAAAUUAUCCAGCUCAAAAGACCGUGUGUCCCGGCGCUUCGGAAGGAGCUUUACCUGCGACAGCUGUGGGUUUGGAUUCAGUUGCGAGAAGCUUUUGGACGAGCACGUUCUCACGUGCACCAACAGACAUUCGUAUCAGAACGCCAGGUCAUUUCACAGGGUACUAGAUGUGAGAGAGGGAAAAGACGGUAACCCCAAAACCGACUCGAGCGACAAGGAAGCUUCCAAAGCGUUCUCUGGCCAGGGGGACAGAUACAGAGGUGAUUCAAGCCAAGCUGCCGACGAUUCCUCCUCUGCUGUCGGAAGCAGAAAGAGCAACGCGGUUGAGUCCGAGAGGGCCGGCGAGGAGAAGAGCCGAGCUAGCGAGAGGAAAAGGAUCAUCGUCAAGAUGGAGCCGGAGGACAACCCGGCAGAUGAAUUGAAGGACUUUAAUAUCAUCAAAGUGACUGAUAAAGACUGCAACGAAUCCUCGGAUAACGACGAGUUAGAGGAUGAACCCGAGGAGCCGUUUUACAGGUACUAUGUCGACGAAGAGGUCAGUAUUAAAAAAAACCCUCGGAAAAGUCUGAAACCUCGGAUGUCCGUUAACGAAAACGAAAGAAGCAGUUUUGAACACUCGAGGCACCUGAACAGCAAAGCUAGUCCCAUGCAAGAGGAUGCUGAAAAUGUGUCCUGCGAACUCUGCGGGUUAACGAUUACAGAGGAGGACUUAUCCUCGCACUAUUUAUCCAAACAUAUAGAAAAUAUCUGCGCCUGUGGCAAAUGUGGUCAGAUCCUGGUCAAAGGGAGGCAGCUGCAGGAGCAUGCCCAGAGGUGCGGCGAGCCCCAAGAUCUGACGGUGAACGGGCUGGGAAGCAGCGAGGAAAAAAUGGAUCUGGAAGAGAAUCCCGACGAGCAGUCCGAAAUCAGAGAGAUGAUGUUUGCUGAGAUGUUUGAUGACCUGAGGGACGGUCAUUUCCAGAUAAACAGCCUCCAGAAGAAGCAGUUGUAUAAGCACUCUGCCUGUCCUUUUCGGUGUCCUAAUUGUGGCCAGCGUUUUGAAACUGAAAAUCUCGUGGUCGAACAUGUGUCCAGUUGCCUGGAACAGGAUAUGUUCAAGAGCGCCAUUAUGGAAGAGAGUGAGCGAGAUCACCGGCGCAAACAUUUCUGCAAUCUUUGUGGGAAGGGAUUUUAUCAGCGGUGUCACUUAAGGGAACAUUACACCGUUCAUACCAAGGAAAAACAAUUUGUCUGUCAGACCUGCGGAAAGCAGUUUUUAAGAGAACGUCAGUUGCGACUGCACAAUGAUAUGCACAAGGGCAUGGCCAGUGGUGAAAUAGGGACUUCUAAGCCUCUGGAGAACUGAGAGAUACAAGUCUGGAGAGGACAUGAGAAGACUCGAUCUGCAAAAGAUUUCUUUAUGCCCAGAUCCAAGAGUGCUAGAUUUGAAGUGGCACCUUCUUCUAUGACUUCUUGCCCACCUUCAUCAACACCAACGUACCAGCUGCAGAGAAUCAAGAAAGUUUAGUAAAGACGGCUCUGGACCCUCCUUGCAAAAAUGAGAUCAUCAUGACUAAACUGUCUAAAGUUGGCAUCUAUGGAGUAUGAACGGGAUAGAUUAAUGAUGAAAACCAUAAAUUUGUAAUUUGGGUUAAAUGGAAAUAGGAUCACAUGCUGCGAAUCCUUGUAGUGGGCUGUUUUUUUGGGUAUGAAAGGCUUAAUAGGGUUAUUUAAUUUUUUUAAUGCAAUAAAAAUCAGUUAAAAAAUCAACUAAUAUUCAUAUAGUCUUUGCAUUUUAAAUAUUAGCUUUUAAGGUAAAUACCAAAAAAACCCUAGUUCUGGGUGACUAGAAGCUAGGAAAGAAAUAUUAUGAAGAAGCUUUUAAUAAGAAGAUAACAUCCAGACAGACAGCAUCCACUUUCUGGGACACUAGUCUCCUUUGUAAGUCUCCACUUAGAAAAUUAUCCAUUUGCUACCUUUCGACAUUGAAUUCCCAUGUUUCCUGGAAGUGAGAAAAGAAGUAGUAUUAUCUUUAACAAUAGUAUAUUUUCACAAGUGAGGUCAAAGAAUUUAGAAAUUAUUCCCAUAAGACUUAUAUUUUAUUCCUUCAAAGCAACAUAAACUAAGAGGAGUGGAUUUAUUUCUGUCAAGCAUUUUUUCUUGUGUUGAGGUUCUCCCAUUCAGAAGAGAGCAGAUUAAAGUUUUCUGGAAGGAAAGGGUAGAGUAUCUUUGGAAAAAUUGAAGACUGGGUUUAGACAAUAGGUCAGAAAAAUCCUUUGACUAAAAUGUUAAGAUUAUUAACUAGUAUAGCAGUUCUGCAUUUUACUCUUUCCUAAUAAUGUUUUACUCUCCUUAAUUCAGCAGAUAUGCUACUUAUAAUUUGAGUAUUCCUUUAUUGUGAUGCACUUUUUGGUGGUUCAACUUAUGUAGCCCAAAAUGACCUAUUAUUUUUUCCUGCCCAGUUUAAUAGCAUAUCCUCUUUUCUUUAUGUCUGUUCCUUUUAAUAUUCACAAGCAUCUGGGUAAGGAAACCUAUAUGCAGCUAUAUAAUAGCAUUAAUACAGGUUCCAUUAAAAAAAACUAGAUAAAGAAGCCUACUUAAAUAGUAAUCUGUCUGAACCUGGGAUUGAAUUAGAACAAUGGGGAAAAUGUAGUUAGAGUGACCGGGGAUCACUGUGCUAGAAACUGGAUAGAAAAGCCAUUAGGGAGCAGAGAGACCACUCGACUUAGAUAGGGAACACCAAAGAAGAAAUUCUGAAGUACUAAAGGACAAAUAUUGAAAGAACUAAAUAAUCUCAAGAAAAGUGGAGGAAUCUGCAGACAUGCAGACUUGGGAAGAAAGCUAAAAAGAAAGCAUCAUAAACAGAUAACAGUGCCUGAAUCAGUAAAUAUCACUUGGUCUUAAUUUAGUUUCACUAAAUACAUUUGGAUCAAGUUGUAACUAUACUGUUUGUACAAAAUUGUUUAUAAUGAACAUUAGCAAUAAUAAUGGUAUGUAGCUAUUAGUAGUCUGUCAAGUAAUACCAACAAAGAUAUACCCCUGGAUCAGUUUGCCAGAAAAUUAUUUUAUUCUCAGGUUUCUUUUUCAUCAUUUGCCUAAUAAAAUUUCCUAUGUCCUAUUGUUCA